AAACACAACACUAAUGAGUUCAUCAUCAAUGUUCAACUUCAAAGUGCAGAGGUGCCAACCAGAAUUGGUGCAACCAGCUGCACCUACUCCCCAUGAAAUAAAACUACUAUCUGACAUAGAUAAUCAAGAAUGCCUACGUUUCAAUAUUCCUUUCAUAUUUAUCUAUCGUCAUGAACCAUCAUCAAUCAUAGGGAAAGAUCUUGUUAAAGUUCUUAGACAUGCACUCUCAAAAACACUUGUUUAUUACUAUCCAUUUGCAGGAAGGAUUAGGGAGGGAGCUGGGGGCGAGUUGAUGGUGGAUUGUACCGGUGAAGGUGUCAUGUUCGUCGAAGCUGAAGCUGAUGUAACACUUGAUCAAUUUGGUGACUCUCUGCAUCCUCCAUUCCCUUGGUUUCAACAACUCUUAGAUGAUGAUGUUCAUGGAACCCAACAAAUUAUUGAUCAUCCCAUUUUACUCAUACAGGUGACACGUCUCAAGUGUGGUGGUUUUAUUCUGUCCUUAAAUAUGAACCAUGCAAUUUGUGAUGGAACUGGUUUGAAACAAUUCAUGAAUGCUUGGGCAGAAAUGGCUCGAGGAGCACAUCAACCUUCCAUUCAACCUAUUUGGCAUAGAGAGCUUUUAAUGGCAAGAAUCCCACCACGCGUUACAUGCAACCAUCGUGAAUUCGAACAAAUUAUACUUCCUCCAAAUACCAUCAAGAAAGAAGAUACUAUUGGUACCAUAGUCCAUCAAUCUUUCUUAUUUACACGUGCUCACGUAGCUGCACUUCGUUGUUUGGUUCCACUUCAUCUUCGUCAAUGCACUACAUUCGAUCUUAUCACUGCAUGCUUUUGGUGUUGUCGCACAAAAGCAUUGCAGUUAGAGCCAGAGGACGAAGUACGAAUGAUGUGUGCUGUUAAUGCACGUUCUAGGUUGAGUGCUAACCAUUCGUCACUUGUUGGAUAUUAUGGUAACUGUUUUGCUUUCCCAGCAGCUGUUACUAGUGUUGGAAAGCUAAUUUGUGGAAACCCAUGUUAUGCGGUGGAAUUGAUAAAAAAAGCAAAAGGCCAAGUUACUGAAGAAUACAUGCAUUCUUUGGCGGAUCUUAUGGUUAUUAAAGAAAGACAUUUAGAUACAACCAUAAGGUCUUGUGUUGUAUCAGACAUGAUCCGUGCUAAGUACACAAAUGUGAAUUUUGGGUGGGGCGAUGCUGUGUAUGGCGGAGUGGUAAAAGGCGGGGCUGGACCGUUUCCUGGAGCAACGUUUAUAGUUUCACAUAAGAAUGCAAAAGAAGAAGAAGGUUUAAUAUUACUAACUUACUUGCCCUAUGAAGAUAUGAAAAGGUUUGCUGAAGAGUUAGAUAAGAUGUUUGGUAACCAAAAUCAACCUACAACGAUUGGUCCUAGUUUUGUGAUGUCUACUUUAUAAUUCGGAGACGUUCCCAUAUUAGAUUAGUAAAUCACAUUUUUGUAGUAAAUACUCAAAUGUGAUUCAAGUUAAAUAAAGUUGUGGGCUUAUAAUUAUGGGCAUGUCUAAGUCAGGAAUUGAACCCAAAACUUUGGUUAAUCUAGAAGAGACUCGCGUAAUCUCAUCCAAACGCUUUUGGGUAUUAUUGUUAAAUUUUAAGCACAAACCCUAUAGUCCAAAAAGUUUGUGAUCAAA